CUUGAAGCUUUAUUUUUCACGGUUACUAAUUGUUAUGAAAGCUAAAGUUACUUAAAUACAUUUGCGGAACUGUUCGGCGAAGGAAAACUUUUAACUGGGUGUAACCUCAGGGUAUUGCUCGGAGUUGAAUAUCCUUUACGAGAAGUGAAAAAGAUCAUAUUUUCUAAACUGACUUGGCAAGAAAAUAACAAGAAUAGAAAUGGCAGAAGGCUGUUCCGACUCCACGUGGACAACAUGCAGUAUCUGUCAGCAGUUAAGCCAAGAGCUAGUUAAGCUCUCAUGCCACCACGCACUUUGUAUAAAUUGUGCCGAGUGUAUCAAAGAUGAGCGUGCGGAAGUGAAGCCUUGCUGUGUCAUCUGCAGAAAUGCGUCUACGUCAAGUGACCAUCUUUCUUUAAGUGACCAUCUUUCUUUGAGUGACUUGGUGAAUUCAGAGACUAGCCAGAUAGUUCAGUGCAAUUUUUGUUUGGAGAGUCCUCUGGUGGCAGAGAAAACCUGUCUGACCUGCAUGGCCUCCUUCUGCCAAACCCACCUUCGACCACAUCUAAUGGAAGCCUUCCGCAGUCACCAGCUCAUACCUCCCUGUGCAGACGUAAGAGACUGCUGUUGUCCAGAGCAUGACAAACCAUGUGAGAUGUUCUGUAAAGAGUGCAAAACAUGCAUCUGCAGUGUGUGUCCUAUCCUGGGCAAGCAUCAAGAUCACCAUGUCAGCUUCAUCCAGGAAGAAUCAAAAGAGAAAAAGGAAAAUCUUCGUGUUUGCUUGACAAAGAUCCACUUGAACAAUCGGAGAGAAGCUGAUAAUAUAAGGCAAAUUCAAAAAGCUGCGCUUGGCCUGAAGGAAUCUUCUGCUGAAUGCAAACUGUGGCUGAGCAUCCGUUUCACAGAGCUACGCUUGCUACUGGAUCAGGAAGAGAAAGCAGCUAAAAGUUUUGUGGAGCAGCAAACGCAGUCUGUUCUCCAAAUGUAUGAUGGCCAUGUCCAAGCGUGUGAAGAAACAAUAGCGAAGAAUGAGAGUUUCAUGAAAGAAGCUCAACGAAUUUUUAAACAUGACAAUCCAAUUCGUCUUUUGACGGAGUAUACAACCGCAGAGAGAGAUAUUCAGCAGUAUCAGCGUCCAGUUAAUCAAAUUAAUCCUGUUCCUGUUUCCUUUCAAAAUGUUCAAAAAUAUAUUUCGGGUUUGAAAAAGUCUCUGGAAGCAGUGUUCAAGAAGCCUCUGCAGAGCAGGCUGAACAAUGGUGCUGUGAAUACAUCCAGUGGUAAUUUUUCCAGGAGUUUAAUGCAUGUCACAAAUUGCUCAGGUGACAAGUCCCAUUUUCUUAAACAUGGACGAUCACCUAUCUUUGAUCCCGAGAGUCUACAUCCUCGUUUGAGAUUGGAUGAGUGCAAGGAGACAGUGAGCUGUGCUUGGCUGAAAUCAUCUGUACCUGAUGGGCCCUUAAGGUUUAACAAACUUCUUCAAGCAUUUGCCCGAGACUCGUACUUUGCUGGCUGUCAUUACUGGGAAAUGAAUGUUCAACACUCUGGCCAUGGCUGGUGGGUAGGAGCAGCAUAUCAAUCAUUGUGUCGAAAAGGGGACUCCGAGUACACUCGCCUUGGAUGGAAUAAAGUCUCCUGGUGCCUAAAGCGAUAUGAUUGGGAGUACUGGGCCUUUCAUAAUGGUGAGAAAGUCCCCGUAAAAGUUGAUGAAGACCCAGAAAAAGUUGGAGUAUUCUUGGAUUAUGAGGCCGGGACUCUAAGCUUUUUUGAUGCAACAAAUAGCAUGAACCAUCUCUUUACUUUCAAGUCUCAGUUCUCCAAACCUGUCUAUCCUGCUGUUCGUCUUUGGAAAGGGCCCAUCUCCUUCUGUAAGCUCACUUGAGCGUAGCCUUCUGAAAACAGCAACAGAAAUUCUUUGUGUUGUCUACAAUGAGAAGUCUUCUCUUGAUGCUCAUUUGCGAAGCUCCUUUUCUUCAAAAUUGUUCAAAAACAGAGACAACAAGAGCUUUAAAAACAAAAUGUGAUUUUUAGGCAGCACUAUUAAAAAUGAGAAAUAAAUGGGAGUGGUAGUGCUAAUCUUAAAAGUGUAGAACUUCCGUGAAAACAUCUAAUUUGUUAAUUUAUAAAAUUUGAAUUGAAUGACCCAAAGAACUUUGAUUAGUGUUACAGUAGAUGUGUUUUCCUACUAAAGGUGGUGUACUGUGAGGCUGAAGGAGCUGCUGCACAGGAAAGCCACAUCACAAAACUAACCACCAUAUCUGCAGCAGCUUAAAUGGAGUUCUCCAUUUAGCUCAAUGGUAGAUCUUGCUGCUUGUAAUCUCAGCAUCCUGAGUUCAUGUCUCACCGCUAUCUCAUGAAAGAUAUCAGUGGGAUUGGAACAUCCUGAGCAGAUUCUUCAGCAGACACAAAUGGUGUUGUGACCUGAAUUCACGCAAGGAGAGGGAGAAUGUAAGCUGUGGUGUGUGUGCAACAAAGUUAUGAGAUACACUUACUGAUCUGCAGGAAACCCAUCACAAUGACAGCGGCCAGAUCAGCCACUGGCUCUCCACCAAGCUCAGAGCUAGAACUGUGAUUCCAGUGAUUGGUACGCAUCUCAGCGUUGCUGUCUUGACAGAUAAACAGACAGAUAGAAAUAGCUUCUGUAAAAAGACGCAUAUUCCCCUGGGAACAAAUAAAGUUCAUUCGCUUAUUUGAUCUAUCUAUCUAUCUAUCUAUCUAUCUAUCUAUCUAUCUAUCUAUCUAUCUAUCUAUCUAUCUAUCUAUCUAUCUAUCUAUCUAUCUAUCUAUCUAUCAUGUAGUGCCUUUCAUAUUUAUCUGUCUGUUUCCUUGCCUUUAAAGGAAGCCCCAGGUGGAUGGACAGGGAAGGCCUUUCUCUUAGGGUUGUUUAUUCCCCCAGGAAGCUGGAUCGCAGCAUCCCUGGAUGUCAAUGCCUGUUCAGACACCAGCAGGGAAAGCCAGAAAUUGUAGUCCAAUAGCAAAGCCCAGCAGGGGUCCGAGGGGGCUGCUGGCCAUAGUGCUUCCAAUGGGUUGAAGCCCUGGUACCAGAAGUACUCCUGGUUCCUCAAUAAAAGGGGCCACACUGCCCUGCCUGGGCGAGUCAGAGCUGGGAGCGGUAGAUGGUCAGCACUCGACUGGAGGAGUAGCAGUGUGGUGGAGAGAGAAGGAAGAAACAACAUUUGCUUGUUGUUAAUAAAAAGGUUAUUUUGUAAUAAAAAAAAAGCUUAAUUUGAGCCCGGACUGUGUUUGUGUGUUAUGCUUGGUUUUUGGGGCUACAUGGUGCCCCCUCGCUUUCACGAUAUAUAUUAACAUUUAAUUCUAUGGUCAGUCUGCCAUAAGAACAUGGGGUUUGGUCAUUUUUUAGUGAAAGUUUUUUUUUUUUUUUUUUUUUAUACUAGGGGGCUUUGCCCCCCUGCUCACUUCGCUCGCCAACCCCUGUGUUUGGUUAAUCGGAUAUACAAUUUUAAUUUUUUUCUCAUCUUUGGAAUUGUUUCAAUUUCAUUAUUUGCACUUUUACUUUACAGCUUCAUUAAAAACAAUAUUUUUUGGAGACAUGUUGUGACAAUGCAGCAUAUAACUGCCCGUGAGUGAAUAUUGUUUCUGUUUCUCUAAUAAAUAAUCCGACUUUUUCUAAUGUUUGUCCCAGUGAUUUAUUGAUUGUCAUAGCAAAAGCUAUUCUCACGGUAAACAUUUUAAUACGAAUGGCAUAUCACGAUCUCCUUUGGUGUCUGUUAUUUGCGGAAUAUAUACAUUACCUUUCUUUUUGCCUGUUAAAAUUUGCAUCGCUUCUCCGUGAUCAUCAAUAUACACCUGACCGAAUUGUGUAGUCUUUGAAAUUUAACUUGUCGUUGCUUUAACUGUUCCAGGACCAGAUUCUCAUAGCAUAUGGUCCAUUAUUGUGUAAAUCCAUGUUUUGUGCAUUGAAUGAUGCGAAUGUGAAAAGACUUUCUUGUCUACUCUUUGUCUUUUAUUUCUGACCUCGAUUUGUCCUGCUAUUUUUUUUAAUUACACCUGGUUCUGAUGAUUAAUCACAUUUUGUUUGCGGUAAUGCGAUCUUUUCUAUCUUUUCUUUGAUACUGUAGCGACUGACAUGAUAAAGUGUCACAAAAGUUUUACUUGAACAAUCGCAGACUUCCUAACCCCAAACACAACUUUCUAGCACCCUCUCCAACGCCUCCACCCCAUUACUGCAUCAAUCAAUACCCCGCUAUCAGUCUUCUGUGCUGUACUCCGCCCUCCCUCAAUCGGACCGAACAGUCACUUAAAACCAAAAAGCCCUCAACUUGUUUCGAAUAUUACUGCUUUCAUAUUCUGUACCUUUCUCUGCAUGUGUAUCUCACCAUCGUUUGUUUGAGCCUUUCGAAUUCCACUGCUUUCAUAAUCUCUUCUCUGCCUUUUUUUCUCUCCAACGCCUUUGGGUCUCUAUUCUCCGUAUUGUCCUUAUGUGCUGAGAGCACGUGAUCUGUGUGUACUACGUGCUUUUACACUACUGAGUGUUUUUUGAUGGGUGAGCUCUUGUAUAUCUUUUGUAAGUACGGCGUGUCUUGCAAGAAUCUCAUGUUCCGCGUCCCCGCGUGACGGCCCUGGGACAAUCUCUUGGCACCGUCUCAUGUUUACGGUCCCGCGAGAGCACCGUGGCAAGUCUCUGUUGUCUCGCGGGUCUUUUAAAUGUCUUCCAAGAAGAUCACGUAUCGUCGCCUUGCUUUUGCUUUCCAGGAUUUUUUUUUUUUUAUAAUAGAUCAUUUUUUAAAAUACCAAACAGGUCUGUUUAAUGAAUAAUAAAUGUAUUUUGUACAUCUGUUAUUUUAAGUACUGUACAAUAUAAAUGAAUAUAUUUUAACUACUAUGCCUUUAUAAAUCAGGUUGUGCAGCCUAGUAGAUGAUGUCAAUAUCAAGAGAUCUAUUUUAGCUUUUGUAAACAAUUAAAACAAUGUUAGUUUUUUUUUAAGUCAUGUAAAUUAAAAAAUGUUUUUAUUAUU